UAUUCUAAUUGCGUAAAGAAAAGAAUCGCAGGCUGCGCAGAAGUGGGUGGACAUCCGCAUACGAACUCAACUCUCAAGGUAUUAUUCACGCCCUCUCCGCCGUUCUCAUUACUGGAGGCCGGACGCUCACCCUCUGCUGCUCGCCCUCGCCGGCUGCUCUCUCGGCGGAAUACUAAGUUGGAGUUGAACUUGCAGUCUCGACGUCUCCUCACAGCCAAGCUGCCAAUUGCCAAGGUUUUAUCGUGUUCCUACAUGAACUCUUCUCUAAAUAUAAAAAUGGAGAAUGGGGAGCAAAUGGUUUGCCAUGAACAAGGAAAGGAUAGUGAUACACAAGAAAUCGAUGAAUCAGAGUUUCUUGGAGAAGAAGAGACACGUAGCACUGUUGUUAAUGGAUCCAUUGAGGAUCUGGUAUAUUCUGAGCCUUUAAUGAUGUAUUAUCCAGGCUCUCAACAAGACAAGUUGGAUUCAAGCUUUAUUGCUAAGCAGUCGUGGGGUGCAACUGAGGCAGCUUCUACUGUACGGUCUGAAUUCACUCGGUAUCCAGAGCUCUUAAAUCUUCAGUUUACUGAUGAAGAUAUUCUUGAGAUGGAUGAUCUUGGCACAGGGCCUGUGCAGUUUCCCCCAGCAAGUGACAGGAUCUCAGGGAAUGCCCAGCUGAGAGAGCAUGAUGGGUUUGAUAUGUUUAAUGACUCUGACCUCUUCCUUGGUGAUUUUACAUCUAAUAAUCAAAUAGUAAAUCCAUCUCAGCAUCAAAGGCUGCUGGAAAAUGGUUUUGUUGGCCAAUCCCCAAAUUCUGUACAUACUUCUGGGAAUGAGAUGUGGAACUUCGGAGCAAAAAAUUGUUUUCACAACUCCACAGAGAGAUACAAAGGAACUAUGCCUUUACCAGUGACAGGUACAUACUUGCAGUUUCAAUGCUGAUUCUUCUGCAGUUCUGCCUGCCCAUGUGUGGAGCUUUAUAUUUUUCUGAGCGGCAUUAUUUCAUCAUAUAUAUCGGUGAGUUGGAUAGUUCCGAUCUGCUGAAUACAGAUGAACUGAUCUCCAAACUGGAUACUGUAUUUUUGUUUCUGUAUUUGUGCAUGUAAGUUUUUUUCACCAUUCUAAAUGUAUUAAUCCAGAAAAUGUGGGGGGGGGGGGGUAAUGGACUAAUGGGUAUGUUGUGUUUGACUUGGAGAAGGCAGCUUGUCUUUGGAAGGCUUUCCAACUCAUUGAUUUGAUGUUUUUGCUAACAUUAGAUUUUCUGGGAUUUCUAUAAAUAUGCUGGUGUUUCUACAAAUAUCGCUUCCAACCAUACCAGAAUCAGAAGAGCAAACAGAAUGAAGGGUCUCAAACAUGGUUGGCUUUCACAUUAUGAUCGUUUGUGGAAGCAGUACCUGCAGCCCCUCCAUCAGCCGCUGAGAGCGUGAUGGUUAAACCGAGGAUGUCUAGUUUCAGUAGGGUAAGAAAAUAUUUUAAAAAGAAUUGUUUUUUUCAGCAGGUGAGUUUUAAAGCCGUGCACCUGUUUAUUGACAUGAAUUGUCUAUGUUUUUCUAGUGUUAAUAGAGUUUUAGUACUCGUAUUUAGCUUCUCUUCAUUUGCACGUGUUGUUUUCAAUAGUGGCUUAUUAGCUCGGUUUAAGUUAAAGUUUUCUUCGUUGGUGAGAAGUUCUAGGCAAAGAAGUUAUUAGAACAGUAAUUGCCUUUUCUAGACUUCUUUUUAAAUGACGUGGCAACCAUUUGUCUUUUCUUUCUCUUCUUCAGCCGUUCUCUUUUCUUUCUAGAAAAGACAAUUACUGUUCUAAUAACUUCUUUGCCUGGAACUUCUCACCAACGAAGAAAACUUUAACUUAAACCGAGCUAAUAAGCCACUAUUGAAAACAACACGUGCAAAUGAAGAGAAGCUAAAUACGAGUACUAAAACUCUAUUAACACUAGAAAAACAUAGACAAUUCAUGUCAAUAAACAGGUGCAGGGCUUUAAAACUCACCUGCUGAAAAAAACAAUUCUUUUUAAAAUCAAUUCUUAUCCUAUUGAAACUAGACAUCCUCGGUUUAACCAUCACGCUCUCAGCGGCUGAUGGAGGGGCUGCAGGUACUGCUUCCACAAACGAUCAUAAUGUGAAAGCCAACCAUGUUUGAGACCCUUCAUUCUGUUUGCUCUUCUGAUCCUGGUAUGGUUGGAAGCGAUAUUUUUAGAAACACCAGCAUAUUUGUAGAAAUCCCAGAAAAUCUAAUGUUAGCAAAAACAUCAAAUUCAAUGAGUUGGAAAGCCUUCUAAAGACAAGGUGCCUUCUCCAAGUCAAACACAACAUACCCAUUAGUCCGUUACCCCCCCCCUACAUUUUCUGGAUUAAUACAUUUAGAAUGGUGAAAAAAACUUACAUGCACAAAUACAGAAAACAAAAAAUACAGUAUCCAGUUUGGAGAUUAGUUCAUCUGUAUUCAGCAGAUCGGAACUAUCCAACUCACUGAUAUAUAUGAUGAAAUAAUGCCGCUCAGAAAAAUAUAAAGCUCCACACAUGGGCAGGCAGAACUGCAGAAGAAUCAGCAUUGAAACUGCAAGUAUGUACCUGUCACUGGUAAAGGCAUAGUUCCUUUGUAUCCCUCUGUGGAGUUGUGAAAACAAUUUUUUGCUCCGAAGUUCCACAUCUCAUUCCCAGAAGUAGGGAUAGAAUUUGGGGAUUGGCCAACAAAACCAUUUUCCAGCUGCCUUUGAUGCUGAGAUGGAUUUAUUAUUAGAUGUAAAAUCACCAAGGAAGAGGUCAGAGUCAUUAAACAUAUCAAACCCAUCAUGCUCUCUCAGCAUAUUCCUGGGAGUUAGGCACGUCGUGCCUGAAGAGAAAUAUUCCUGGGAGCUACUGGAGGCCAGGCAUGGUCGUGCCUGGCAGUUAGGCACGCCGUGCCUGGACGCGAAAUUCGGGCUUCUUCCGUAGGCACGGUCGUGCCUGGCCGCGAUUGUUCCUAAUUCGACCCGAAUUCGUUGUUUUCUAUAAAUAAGGCCUCCAUAUCCACUUUUGAGAGUUACGAACUUUGGAGAGAGGCCUAGGGACGAGUUUUACCUGCGUUUUUACGUUGUUUAAUCCAAGAACCUAUGAUUCUUUGUAAGUUCAAUUCUUUAAUUAAUGUCAAUUAUUUCUAUUCAUCCCAAUUCUUUUGAUUUGUCAAUUAUGAGGCGUGAGUAGUUUAAUUAGGGAUUUGGGGUUGAUGAAGGGGUUAAUCAUGAUUGAUGGCUAGAUUCUUGUCGGUUUAAUUGCAUGAAUGCCGUUUAAUUUGUGUUUGAAUAAUUUAACUGAUAUCUCUUGUAACCUAGAUGGCCACUAGAAUUACAAUUGCUUAUAGAAUAAAUUAAGAGAGAUCUAAUUUGUUCUAGGACACAUUCACACACACUUAAUCGUUCGCUAAGAGAUUAGUAGCGAUUAAGGGGCCGUAAGCUCGCUCGUUUUGGCAAUAAUUUAGGAUUUUGUCGCAUGAGAGAUCAGCCUGGACCCCUAAAUUAUUGUACUCUACGCCGCGCGCGCUAAGAACUUAGUAAUGAUUAGCUAGGCUCAAUUGAAUGAAAUUCAUGUGAUUAGGCCUGUUCUGCCAGAAAUCUGGUUAACCCCGGAAUCAAUUCUUGUUCCCUUCUUCGUUAAUUAAGGAAAACCAAAUCUUUUUACCUGCUUCUUAGCAUUAGUUUUAU